UGCCCUGGAAUUAAAGAAGAAAAAGUCAAGCGUGUUGUUCCUGAUUGGAGUGCGGCGAGCCCGUACUUCAAUAUUAUUGGUUUACUUUGCAGCAAUCUCUCCCCCUUCUUCUAGGGUAGACCGGUUUUCCCGUUUCAGCCAGCGGUGUAUCGCGGAGGCUGUAGUGGGAGGGAGAAAACUUAGCCCCAUCUAACCCUGUUAAGCUUAACCGGUAGCAGAAAGGUGGUUAGGGGGUCGCCCUGACGAGAUUCAAAGUCUUUUGAUCGCGUCGCCGGCUUUCUCUUUUCUUAACCUCUUUUAUCCGCUCUUCCAAUGUCGGAUUUCAAGCUAGGAAUUGUUCGACUGGGCCGUGUGGCCGGGAAGACCAAAUAUACCCUGAUAGAUGAGCAAGACAUACCGCUGGUGGAGAAUUAUGCCUUUGAGGCUCGUAUGGAGGUGGAUGCAGAUGGGAAUGGGGCGAAGAUCUUUGCUUAUGCCUUUGACAUCAGCAAAGGGCGCUGGGCAGGGCGGCCGCUCCACGAGCUCCUGUGGGAGAAGCAUGUGGGUGGCAUUGCACCGAACUUCCAGGUUGUCCACAUCAAUUCUGUAACCGUGGACAACCGUUUGGACAACCUGUGCCUGGUGCCGGUGGGCGGGAGCCCCAAACCUGAGGAGCUGUCCAGCAAACAGAGAGAGCAGUCCUUGUACUGGCUGGCUAUCCAGCAGGUGCCGGCCGACCCGGUGGAGGAGCAGUACCUGGAGAUGAGCCGCACACGCUACUUCAACGCCAACGGGGAGCUGGUGGAGGAGGAGGAGUGCUCCUGUACCUACUACGAGUGUCACUACCCUCCCUGCUCCCUGAUCGAGAGGAGGCUCCGAGAGUUCAACAUCUGUGGACGGUGCCAGGUGGCUCGUUACUGCGGCUCCCAGUGCCAGCAGAGGGACUGGCCGGCCCACAAGAAGCAAUGCCGUGAGCGGAAGAAGGGCCUGGUGAACGAGUCGGAGCCAGAACGAUGAUCUAUGGACCCAGGAUGGGGUUGGGGUUUUG